CUCGUCAUCGUCGAUCCAUCAUCAUCCUCAUCCCGGAAAAAAUACCCAUCGAAAAAGUGGCUCCGGAUGAUCGGCGCGGCUCCAGUAGCCGACAACUCUUCGACGACGACAUGCUGGUGCCGCCUGACAUGCUGGCGGCACAAUCCAAGAUGGUCUACCAACUCAACAAAUACUACACGGAAAAAGUUCAAGCCCGGAAAUUACAAGUCAGCAAAACAAUACAAGAAGUGUGCCGAGUGGUCCAGGAUGUCCUCAAAGAAGUGGAAGUGCAAGAACCGAGAUUUAUCUCAUCUUUGACGGACUAUAACGGGCGUUAUGAUGGCUUGGAAGUCAUUUCUCCGGUCGAAUUCGAAGUUGUGAUAUAUCUCAAUCAGAUGGGAGUGCUCAACUUUGUCGAUGAUGGAACUUUACCUGGAUGUGCAGUCCUCAAGCUCAGCGACGGAAGGAAACGCUCGAUGAGUCUCUGGGUCGAGUUUAUCACAGCUUCUGGGUAUUUAUCAGCCCGGAAAAUGCGCUCCAGAUUCCAAACUCUCGUGGCCCAAGCCUGUGAUAAGUGUUCUUAUCGCGACUCCGUGAAGAUGAUCGCCGACACCACCGAAGUCAAACUCCGGAUUCGCGAACGUUUUAUCGUCCAAAUCACUCCGGCGUUCAAAUGUGCCGGCUUAUGGCCCCGAUCCGCGGCUCAUUGGCCUCUCCCUCAGAUUCCCUGGCCGCAUCCGAACCUCGUCGUCGAAGUCAAAACCGAAGGUUUCGAUCUUUUGUCCAAAGAAUGCAUCGCGUUGCAAGGUAAACAAUCCGCGAUGGAAGGCGACGCUUGGGUCCUCUCCUUCAUCGAGGCGGAAAAUCGCCUAUUACAAGGCGGCUGCCGGAAACGGUGUUUGAGCAUCCUCAAAACCCUCCGAGAUAGACACUUAGAUUUGCCCGGUAACCCCGUCACCAGCUAUCACAUGAAAACCCUCCUCUUGUACGAAUGCGAGAAACACCCCCGGGAAACGGAAUGGGACGAGGCUUGUAUCGCUGACCGAAUCAACGGGAUUUUCCUCCAGUUAAUCUCGUGUCUUCAGUGCAAAAGGUGUCCGCAUUACUUCCUACCAAACCUCGAUUUGUUCAAAGGAAAAUCGCCGAGUGCACUCGAAAAUGCAGCGAAACAAGUCUGGAGACUCACCCGAGAGAUGUUAACGAACACUAGGUGUUUUGAAAAGUUGUAGUGUUAGUGUUUUUUACGAAGAAUUCUCAAACUGUGAUUUACCGCUUAAGAGAACAAAAUAUAUUAUUAUUGGUAUGUUUUUAAUAAAAAAGCGAAACUAA